AUGUAUUCCAUGAAAUGUAUUGCGUGCUGUGAUCACCUAAAUUUGUUCUUCCGUGCUUCUGCUGCAUUUGUUCAUAUGGCUGUCUUACAUUUGUUGUUAUGGCUGUCCUACAUUUGUUCUUAUGGCUGUCUUACAUUUGUUCUUAUGGCUGUCUUGCAUUUGUUCUUAUGGCUGUCUUACAUUUGUUCUUAUGGCUGUCUUGCAUUUGUUCUUAUGGCUGUCUUACAUUAUUCCGCCUACAUCCCCAUCCUCUGGGUGAGGGUAGUGGGAAUCCCCAUAUUCUUUGUGCUCAGACUUUACGGCAGGGUCCUCCCUUGUGGAGAAGGUAAUGAUAGGAUCAUAGUUAUCACUUCUGUUUCUAACGGCUUUAAAGAAAAUAAAAUAAGUGAAAAGCGUCUAUAUGCACCUAAAGAGGAGUACUGGAGUUGGAAAGGGUGGGUGCAAUGGAGAAACGAACAUGAGGGGGGGGUCGCUGUAAUUAAAAGGAGGCCUCAGGAUGAGAAGAAUGUGAUCUUAGUGAAGGUAAGGGGGGUUUAG